GGUGUGAACUCUGUCCUGGGGUUUCUCUGCGCCUUGUUCUGCAGUCCUGCGCCUUGAAGCAGGGACUAGAGGCCCACUUCCAGACGGUCGUGAGAGACUUCAGGACAAGAAUGUUUCACUUAAGGACUUGUGCUGCUAAGUUGAGGCCGUUGACGGCUUCCCAGACUGUGAAGACAUUUUCACAAAACAGACCAGCAGCAGCUAGGACGUUUGGGCAGAUCCGGUGCUAUACUGCCCCCGUUGCUGCGGAGCCCUUCCUCAGCGGGACUAGUUCGAACUAUGUGGAGGAAAUGUACUAUGCUUGGUUGGAAAACCCCAAAAGUGUACACAAGUCAUGGGACAUUUUUUUCCGAAACACCAACGCCGGAGCGCCCCCGGGCACCGCCUACCAGAGCCCGCUCCCCCUGAGCCUGGGCUCCCUGUCAGCUGUGGCCAGAGCGCAGCCCCUGGUGGAGGUUCAGCCCAACGUGGACAAGCUGGUGGAGGAUCACCUGGCAGUGCAGUCUCUCAUCAGGGCCUACCAGAUACGAGGGCACCAUGUAGCACAGCUGGACCCCCUGGGAAUUUUGGAUGCUGAUCUGGACUCCUCCGUGCCCGCUGAUAUUAUCUCAUCCACAGACAAACUUGAUCUUGCAGUUUUCAAGGAACGACUUCGAAUGCUAACAGUAGGAGGGUUCUACGGCCUGGACGAGUCUGACCUGGACAAGGUCUUCCACCUGCCCACCACCACGUUCAUCGGCGGACAGGAGUCGGCCCUUCCGCUGCGGGAGAUCAUCCGGCGCCUGGAGAUGGCGUACUGCCAGCACAUUGGGGUGGAGUUCAUGUUCAUCAAUGACCUGGAGCAGUGCCAGUGGAUCCGGCAGAAAUUCGAGACGCCUGGGAUCAUGCAGUUCACCAACGAGGAGAAGCGGACCCUGCUGGCCCGGCUAGUGCGCUCCACCAGGUUUGAGGAGUUCCUGCAGCGGAAGUGGUCAUCUGAGAAGCGCUUUGGUCUCGAAGGCUGCGAGGUGCUGAUUCCUGCCCUCAAGACCAUCAUUGACAAGUCAAGUGAGAACGGAGUGGACUACGUGAUCAUGGGGAUGCCGCACAGAGGGCGGCUGAACGUGCUUGCAAACGUCAUCAGGAAGGAGCUGGAGCAGAUUUUCUGUCAGUUCGACUCAAAGCUGGAGGCAGCUGAUGAGGGUUCUGGAGACGUGAAGUACCACCUGGGCAUGUAUCACCGGCGGAUCAACCGUGUGACCGACAGGAACAUCACCCUGUCGCUGGUGGCGAACCCUUCCCACCUGGAGGCUGCCGAUCCCGUGGUGAUGGGCAAGACCAAAGCUGAGCAGUUUUACUGCGGGGACACAGAGGGAAAGAAGGUCAUGUCCAUCCUUCUGCACGGGGAUGCUGCGUUUGCCGGCCAGGGCAUCGUGUACGAGACCUUCCACCUGAGUGACCUGCCGUCCUACACGACUCACGGCACUGUCCACGUGGUCGUCAACAACCAGAUCGGCUUCACCACCGACCCACGCAUGGCCCGCUCCUCACCCUACCCCACCGAUGUGGCCCGAGUCGUGAAUGCCCCCAUUUUCCACGUGAAUGCGGAUGACCCGGAGGCAGUCAUGUACGUGUGCAAGGUGGCAGCUGAGUGGAGGAGCACCUUCCACAAGGAUGUGGUGGUGGACCUGGUGUGUUACCGACGCAAUGGCCACAACGAGAUGGACGAGCCCAUGUUCACACAGCCGCUCAUGUACAAGCAGAUCCGCAAGCAGAAGCCCGUGCUGCAGAAGUAUGCCGAGGUGCUGGUGUCGCAGGGCGUGGUCAACCAGCCUGAGUAUGAGGAGGAGAUCUCCAAGUAUGACAAGAUCUGUGAGGAGGCCUUCACCAGGUCCAAGGACGAGAAGAUCUUGCACAUCAAGCACUGGCUGGACUCCCCCUGGCCUGGCUUCUUCACCCUGGACGGGCAGCCCAGGAGCAUGACCUGCCCCUCCACGGGCCUGACGGAGGAUAUUCUUACGCACAUUGGGAACGUGGCCAGCUCCGUGCCUGUGGAGAACUUCACCAUUCACGGAGGGCUGAGCCGCAUCCUGAAGACCCGUGGGGAGCUGGUGAAGAACAGGACGGUGGACUGGGCUCUGGCGGAGUACAUGGCUUUCGGCUCCCUCCUGAAGGAGGGCAUCCACAUCCGGCUGAGCGGCCAGGACGUGGAGCGGGGCACUUUUAGCCAUCGCCACCACGUGCUGCACGACCAGAAUGUGGACAAGAGAACCUGCAUCCCCAUGAACCACCUCUGGCCCAACCAGGCCCCCUACACCGUGUGCAACAGCUCGCUGUCCGAGUACGGGGUCCUGGGCUUUGAGCUGGGUUUUGCCAUGGCCAGUCCUAACGCCCUGGUCCUCUGGGAGGCCCAGUUUGGUGACUUCCACAACACGGCCCAGUGCAUCAUCGACCAGUUCAUCUGCCCGGGACAAGCCAAGUGGGUGCGGCAGAACGGCAUCGUGCUGCUGCUGCCCCACGGCAUGGAGGGCAUGGGUCCGGAACAUUCCUCCGCCAGGCCGGAGCGGUUCCUGCAGAUGUGCAAUGACGACCCAGACGUCCUGCCGGACCUUAAGGAAGCCAACUUCGACAUAAAUAAGCUGUACGAUUGCAACUGGGUUGUCGUCAACUGCUCCACCCCUGGCAACUUCUUCCACGUGCUGCGUCGCCAGAUUCUCCUUCCCUUCCGGAAGCCGUUAAUCAUCUUCACCCCCAAGUCCCUGCUGCGGCACCCUGAGGCCAGAUCCAGCUUUGACGAGAUGCUUCCAGGUACCCACUUCCAGCGGGUGAUCCCAGAAGAUGGCCCUGCAGCCCAAAACCCAGAAAACGUCAAGAGACUUCUCUUCUGUACCGGCAAAGUGUACUAUGAUCUUACCCGAGAGCGCAAAGCACGGGAUAUGGCAGAGCAAGUGGCCAUCACGAGGAUCGAGCAGCUGUCGCCCUUCCCCUUCGACCUCCUGCUGCAGGAGGUGCAGAAGUACCCCAGCGCCGAGCUGGCCUGGUGCCAGGAGGAGCACAAGAACCAAGGCUACUACGACUACGUGAAGCCCAGGCUGCGGACCACCAUCAACCGCGCCAAGCCUGUGUGGUACGCCGGCCGGGACCCAGCAGCGGCUCCAGCCACCGGCAACAAGAAGACCCACCUCACGGAGCUGCAGCGCCUCCUGGACACGGCCUUCGACCUGGACGCCUUCAAGAAGUUCUCGUAGAUGCUGCCUGGGCUCCGCCUCACGACCGCCCCUUGCUUCUCCACUACAGAAUAGUGCUCCGCGCUGCCCCCGCCUCUGCCCGUCCCUGCACCACACACACCCCCUCCUCGCUCACUUAGGAAUUAAGCCGCUCCCCCACGUGCUCGGCUGCCCCCAGGCCAGGUGCUCCCCAGGCUCUGUGACUUCUGUCCAGCUGAGCAGCCUUCAUGGAGGCAGUGGAGAGCGGGGGGAGGAGAGGCAGCCCCCGCAGGAGUCCUGGGAGGGUCACAUCUGCCCUCACCCCCGGAUCACCCCCAGGGCCCGCCUCAUGUGGCACACCCUUGUGCUGGCGGUCCCUGUCACCCAGCAGGGUGGCUUCCUCUCCUCAGGCUGAGCCCAGACCCCUCAGAGGAGCCACCACGGUCAGAGGCUCUGUGGGGUGGGAGGGCUCUGUCAGGACCCUCGCCGCGCAGUGAGCAGAGGGCACUGCCGCGGGCUCGCUGGUGGGAGACGGCCCAAGACUGACCUGCACAGAGAGGGCGGGUCUGCUCUCCUCAGCGUCCACUUCCUCCCCUCGAGAGGGUCUCGGGCCGUGCACAGGGGCCGUGCACACUCCACCCGCCUGGAGCUGGGUGGCACCUGGGCCCGUGGGGCGUGCGUGGCGGGAAGCGCCACUCGGGGCUCUCGGGCGCAGGCGCAGGCUGCUCAUCUGGGUCCUGCCCUCCCUUAACCUCCAGUUCCACCUCCUUUCCUCCUUCCUUCUACACGAUGGAGACUCCGAAGCAACCUUCUCUCUGCUGUGCCAAAGCUGGUCCGAAGGGGAGAGGAGGGCCAGGAGUGAGGGGCAGCACUAGGCCGGGGGCCAGCUCCCCUGACCUGUCACAGGGACAGAUCUGAUUUAUUUAUUUUGGUUAAAAAAAAAAAAUAACGAAAACAACUUUGCAUUGCAUUUGGCUUGACCCAUAAACUAAGUUAUCCUUG